GUAAAGAAAUCUAGAAAGAAGAGAUGAAGAACAUAAUGUUAAAUCUCAGAUAUGUAUGGCAUAUGAUAGCUACAGUGACUGAAGUUUGCCUUGCUGAAUUUCACGUACAUUUUUUAAACUUCGACGUUUCUGCUUCUCUCCGCUUAUGAUCCUGAUGUGUGACAUUUCCGGUCGGCUGUUCACCUGACAGUCACUUGUUUGAAAACAAAUCGUUCCCUUUGAUGUGCGUUGUCUGUUCGUUCAUUCCCCACACCAGUUAACGCAAGGCAGCGGUCAUGGGGGAAAACGACGACAGUGAGAUAAUUGAGCACCAUGUAGACGAGGCGAUGGAGAAGAAGACGAGUCAAAGGAGUCACACUCAUUCGUUUAUGGAGAGCGUCACUUCAUCUGAAAGGGAAGGACACAGUAGCACGCAGUCUUCGCACCGUCUUCUCGCUUACAGCGAUGCCCUCAUCUCCAUCAUAGCGACUGUUAUGAUAUUGCCAGUGGCACACACGAAAUUUGAGGGAAAUGAGGAGCUGAAGCAGAGUUUCCAGCUGCUACUGACCACUAAGAUUGCCGUGUACCUCAUGACAUUUCUGAUUGUCACUGUAGCCUGGGCUGCCCACAUCAGAUUAUUUCAAGUCAUUGAGCGCAUUGAUGACUGCCUGGCACUUCUCAAUUUAGCCUGCAUGAUGCUGAUAACCUUUCUCCCUUACACAUUUUCCUUGAUGGCAACGUUCCCAGAAAAGAUCCUUGGGAUUCUCCUGUUCUGCGCCUGUGUGAUGGUCAUUGGUCUAAUUCAGGCAGUCAUAGUGAUCUACGCGUUCAGUCGGCCUUUCCUCCUGAAUGAGCAGAUUCAGAUCUCUGAGAACCAGGCCUACUACAAGCACCACAUCCUCAAGGUGAUCAUGAGGGUGCCUAUCAUGUGCCUCUUCGCCAGCAUCUUCUCCUUCAUCUUCUUCCAGCUGUCAUAUGUCAUUCUAGCCAUUGUUAUCUUUCUGCCCUACAUCUCCCAAUCUUUGAAGUGGUGUCGCAGUAAGGCUCUUGGCCAUUCUUUGGAGGAGACGCCCGACUCCAUGCUGUUCUACACGUACCACCCCAACGAGCCUCUCAGCAAGGAGCGCGUGGAGGCCUUCAGCGAUGGGGUCUAUGCCAUUGUGGCCACACUCCUUAUUCUGGAUAUAUGUGAGGAUAACGUCCCUGACCCCGUCAUGGUGCAGCAAAAGUUCGGGGGCAGCCUCGUGGCGGCACUGCAGGAGUACGGCCCAGAGUUCCUGGCCUACUUCGGCUCGUUUGCCACGGUGGGCUUGCUGUGGUUCGUGCACCACUCGCUCUUCCUGCACGUGACGAUCACCUCGCGCCUCAUGGGCCUGUUCAACACCUUCUCGCUGGCGUUCGUGGGCGGCCUGCCGCUGGCCUACGAGCUGACGCACGAGUUCCCGCGCGACUCGCGCAACGCCCUAGAGGCGGUGCAGAUCAGCUGCGUCAUCAUCUUCUUCGCCGGCGUCUUCCAGCUGGCCAUCUGGGUGGCGGCGCUGUUCGACGAGCGGCGCACGCUGCACCCGCUGGUGCGCUACGGCGGCCGCGACCACGCCUUCAUGCUGGCCAAGCUGGCGCUGUACCCGUGCGUGUCGCUGGGCACCUUCUUCCUGACGUGCGCGCUCAGCGAGUUCAGCACGUCCAUCUUCCACCUGAUGCAGCUGGGCGUGCCCGUGGCCUUCCUGCUGCUGAGGCUGCUGGUGAGCGUGGGCCUGGCGCUGCUCAGACCCCUGCUGGCCGCCCUGCGUAAACAGCCCGAGGCCGCCGCGGGGGGAGCAGGAGCAGGACUGGUGGAAGUGGAGGAAGAUGAAGAGGCACGGGUGCCUUUCAGCGAUCUCGUCAGCUAGUGCCACCCUGCCUUGUGCUCUUCGUCACAACCCCCUCGCGCCCCGCUGCAGUCUAGCCUCGAGGCCCCUGAAAAAGCACUGCUGCUGCAGUGACAGUGGGAUCUCACCUCUGUGCUUUCGGACCCCUUUCUCUGUUCUGAGAGCUGUGUGCCUAUUCUCUCUGCCGACACCGUAACCCAUCACAAGCGAUGCAUGAAAACUGAUCCCAGUGCAGGCAAAGGCCAGCAUAAGCUGAGGAGCUGAUGAUGCCAUUCCCUUACACUGAAUGUGAAGAGAGCAGGACAGGGGUGUCUUGGUCUCAGUUUUGAAUGCAUCGUUGUUCAUAAUGAUUUAAGAAAUGAAGGUUACAGGGAGAGAGGCAAGACCCUAUAUCAGUGUAGAGGGGGCUGAUUGUCAUUGUGUUUUGGGUUAUUAAGGUGUCAACACUGACCCCUGCUGGACAGUCCAAGCAGUGCUGAUAUUUAGCCAUCAUGGAUCCCAUCACCUCACACACUACUGCCGUCCACAGAUUUAAUACUGGCUUUUUAUUUUAACGGGUAUAUUCAUGUCCAAUCAUUUAAUUUUAACCUUAAUUUAAAUCAGUAAUACUGUAUUUUUUCGUACUUGUAGAUGUUUUAAGAUUAUGUUAACUUUGUGUAGUUUUUUGGAGUUGUUUCCAAUUGACAGGAAUAGCAUACGUGUCUAGCACACAGAAGCUGCAUUGCUUACUCUGCUGAAUAACAGACGGUCAUUUGAAUACAGUGUUGAAGAACAUUGGGUUCUGGAAACUAUUAGCCAAGUGGGAGAAAACAGUGACAUGUUAAUCACUAACAAUGACACUUUCUCCAUUGAUGGAUGGAUACUUUAUUAAUCCUGAGGGAGAUUUAAGGACAUCCAGUAUCUUAUUCAAUUUACACAACUCACAGACACAUAGGGAGAACACGUUCAAAAGGAGCUUCUAACAGAUUUACACUAAUGUAUAUGUCAGGCUUUGACCAAUGGUUGCAUAAGGUAAACAACUCCAUGGAAACACAAAGCCGAAUAAUCCAUACACAGUCUCUGCCUAAAUUUAGAAAUCAGAUCAACCCGCCUUAAUGUCAUCAGGACCUAAAGAGCAACAUCUCACUUCCCAUAAGCCAUAAGCAUUAUGUGGCACACUGACCACAACCUGUUUUUCACUUUUCUCACUCACCAUAACACAGCCAGAGGGACAUCUGGUAUUAUGUGUUUUGGCUGUCAUGUAUAGAAUGCACUUAUAGUGUUUAUGUUGGUGCAUCACCUAUGCGCACCUGUAUGUAUAAGUGAUGCAGAUGGUACACUGCUGUUAAACUGGCGCCCUUCACAGCAUUAUCUGAGUGUGAUUGUAUGUGAGUAUGUCUGUAUUGUCAGUCUGUAUUGUCUGGCUGUACUGUCUGUCUGUACUAUAUGUAAAAGCCAUAGAUAAAAGGGAGGAAAAUGCUUGCUUACAGUGUUGAUCAAGGGAGCACAUGUGCUUUUGUUGUAUGUUGGUAAAGAAGUGGAAACUUUGCUUUGCAUUUUGCAUUGUGAUGAAAUAUUUGCACCUUCAAAAUGAGGAACUCUGUUCCCCGUGAACAGUCUAUUCAGAUGUUCAUGUACUGUUUCGGUUUGGUUUGUUUAGCAUCUUAUUUACUGACAAGAAGCUUGUUAUGUUUGUUACUGCUCUUACUCAAUCAGUGGUUUGUUACUGUUCAGAUAAACAUGCAUGGCCAUGAUGUAAACAAUGUACAUUUUGUCCACUAGGGGGCACUACUGCACCCUAGGCGAUCAUCAUUCAUUUUUAUUGAUAGUUUUUUCCUCAAGCACAAACACACUAAGUUUGAGUAUAUCCUGGUAUAAAAUUGGGCCUGAGAAUGUUAAGGGGACACAUCACUGUGUCAUUGUGAUGUCAGACGUUGCCCAAAGUGAGGUCACGGCGCCCUCUCAGUGAAUAAAGUGCUGCUGCUUGUAUAACUAUA